CCUGAGAGUGAGCAUGUGUGUAGCAACCUCUCCCGUGGGUGAUCUCUCUCGCCUCCACUCAUACACAUGGUGCUAGAGUGAGACUCUUAACAAGUGUAUGAUAAAGUAGUAGUCUGAGGACAUUUGAGAAUGGAUGUGAUGGGAUCAGUGUGCGUGUUGGUGAUGCUGGUUGUAGCCACCUCUUGCACAACACUGGAUUACAAACAGCUCUUAAAAUGGCUCAGUGUGGGGCCCACUGUCUUGAUCAGUACGAAAACGUGAUAUUGAAGCAGGACGACAGCAGCUGCCACCAGAACGUGGACUGUCAUGAGUGCUGGGGAAGGUGUGAGCUGCUGGCUGCGAACUUUCCCAUCUGGAGUAUCACCUGCCGUCAACCACAUAUAUGUGAUCCAGGGUGCGAGACAGCAUGCGCCUUUCACUCUUCUCACCCCAAGUCUGUGGUGCCACUAAGUCAACACAACUCCCGCCUCACCCUAGUCUUCAGUGGCUCUACCGCGCAGUGGACACUUUCCCGUGGUCGUGACGCCCCCAGGGAGCAAGUGGUGUUUGCCCUUUUCACCCGCACACCUGGCAAGUCCUGGGGACUUCGACUGCAAACCGCAGAUUUCGGCACUGGUUUAGGAGAUUUAUCAAGUGGGGCCGAUAUGAAGCUCGUAGCUGUGGCCGAAUCUGGUGUCCUGUCAGUUAUUAUCACACCAUACACUCCGCCCACUCUUCCUGAGAGUGUCAUAAAGUCUGACUUUGAGUCUUCCCACUCUCAGGCUCCCGGAGAGCACCAGGUGAAAACCAACAUUGAAGUUGAAGCUGCUGCUGUAAGAUGGCUGUUGCUUCACGAGGUGGAGUUGGAAAGUUCUGGCUUAGUGGCCGCCCGUGUGUGGUGGGCGCCCCAGCACCCCAGUGAAGACUACUUGGUUACCUGGGAAGUGGAAGGUGGAGGUCUAAAGGGUCACCUUUACACUGACUUGCCUGAGGUUAACCUUACACUGUGGCCCCAGACUGUCUACCACGUACAGGUGGAGCUGAUUACAGGGCCUCGCGGUGAUGCUGUUACCUCGGCACAGCUGACACUUGACACCCAUAACAUCACACUCACCCAUGCUGAUCAGAACGAUAUUACACCCACGCUGCCCCUGGUUCAUAAAGCAGUGACUCCUGUACAGUUGGAGGUGAUUCUGGGUGUAGGUGCUGGUGUCUUAGCGGUGCUGCUGCUAGUGGCACUGCUCAUCUGGAGACGCAAGCAAGCCACUGGACUCACGUACGACACCUCCACUGCCUCCUCUGCCAAGUGGGGGUCAUGGAACCGCACUCUCUCAGACCUCACACUAGAUGAGUCCCUGGUCGUCAAGAACCACAAACUGAAAGAGUCUGGUUCUGCCUUGUGCACGCCUGCCUACCCACCCCACUCACCAGCCUACCAACAUCACUCACCUGCCUACCCGCCCCACUCACCUGCCUACCCACCCCACUCACCUGUGUACAACCUGACGCAGCCCACCCACCAUUUAUCUUCCCUAAUGUGUCUUGCACCGUCCACCCACCCUUCUUCUAACUUCCUAAGCCGGGCACCGUCCAUCUACCCUCGUUCCUCCCGGAUGUGCCCGUCACCACCCACUCACCUUUCUUCUACCUUGCCGUGCCCGGCUCAGUCCACCUACCCUCAUUCCUCUGUGCUGUGCUCAGUAGUGUCCACCCACACCUCUUCUUCCUUGCAGUGCCAGGCAAGCCCCUGUCAAGCUCGUGUCAACCCCACCACGGGGUCCAGUAAUGUCUCCAACAUAUAGACGCCUCACCAACAAAGCCUGAGGAUCCAGGAUUGACAAUACGUACUUUUAGAUUGUUCGAGGGGUCGUCACCACCUCUACUUGUUCCUUAACUGGGUAUCUUGUGUGCUGGCUUGAUGAAACUACUAGGGCUUGCCACAGGGAAGUGGGACCUCACAGGUGUGUUCAACAUUAGGACCAUACACGAAAUAAAGUUCACAAGAGGAAAUGGGACCACUGCCUGGUAAAAGGGCCUGAUCAGCAAGGUUAUGAUGGUUGUUUAGGGCAGAUGGACAGUUAGGUUCAACAGCCUCGUUUACGAGGUAAUUAUUCGUUAAGCCUCGUCUCAAGCAUACCCUCGUGAGUUGAAGAACUCUGGGAACUGGUCACAGGUAUGCGGAUUCACGUCUGUGCUGAUUCUUAUCUUCUCAUUGUAUCCGCUGGGAAUUUUCAGUCAUGUUAUUUUAUUGGAGUCAAAGUUCCUAUACUGAGUAAGGAUGAGUCUUAAUGAUAAUAAUCUCUGAUCAGCCAGGUUGUGAUUGCUAUGUGUUUCUGAGAGUUGCAAGUAACAACAGUCCAGUUGACCUAGCAGACAAAAUAUUCUGUACUCGAGCUGGUCUGAAGGGUUGAAGAAUCCUCAAAAACCAGUCACAGGUAUAUGAGUUGUAUCUAACAUGACACGUUGCAUUUAUACCUCUCAAUGGACACUGUAUGAUACUAAUCCCUUAGUAUCAUACAGUGCCUGUGUAAUGGAAAGUAAUUAUCAUAAUUUUUGGCAUAAAAGAUGCACUUAUUUUCCCACAAGUCUUAGAAAAUCACCCUGAGCCUUAUAUGCUCAAAGUCAGGAUCAAGGGUAGGCUUUGGGUUACGCUUUAGGAGUUGUUUACUAACGUUACAACUGCUUGAAAACACCGUCUUAUAUGUCUUAUAUGCCAGAAAAUACAGUAAGUUUGUUCUAGAGGAACUGAAAACUAAAAUUAUGCAAUAGUGACUUAUUGCUGUGCAUUUACAUUGAAUGCCUCUGUGCUCACUUUCUUUAGUUGUGUUUGCAUGGAUCGAGUCAUGACUCCUGACUCACCUUCUCAACUAUCAUAAUAGAUGAUAGAAGUUGACAAUUCUCGGUAGAUUUAACUGGUAACUGACCUGCAGGUGCUUGGUGAGUGACAAACACCAUUAUUAUUGUUAAUAUAUUCUCAUUCAUAUUGUAUUUACAUUUAUAUUGUAUUCUCAUUCGCUUUCAUAUUGUAUUUUCAUAAACAUUUUUUUCUAAUUCACAUCAUAUUCAUAUUCAUAAUGUUGUGUGUAUUGUAAGACAGUGUGAACAAUAUACGGUGUGCAAGUCCAUGUGUAUUGUACACCCCUCACCCCUCUCCCCAGGCUACCCCCACCCAACAACCAGCACCUCCCCCACCCAACUUCCAGCAGCACCUCUAGUGAGGAAGGCAGUUUUCCCCUCACCAGGCCACCACGGUCAAGUUCACUACCUUCCACGUACCAUACCCACCCAGCAUGUCUUACUCCACUCCCACAGUCUAGCUAGCCAAAUGGAUGCCAAUCAGGAGGAAGCGAGCAGCCAUGGAAAUGGCAUGGCUGGCAAUACUAGGAGAGGCAAGUGUUGGUCAUGUUUACUGCUUCAUUGUCUCAACUCUAAUGGUUUCCUCGGCAACACAGUAGCUGCCCUGGUUCAGGAUGUCCUCCUGUGGAAAGUGAUGACCCAGAGCCACUUCAGGCACCUGAACCCACUCCAAUAGAUCUCAUCUCAUCAGAUAAUAUAAUGGAAGCAAUUAAAGCAACACCUAUCAGGACUCAUACAUAUUCCCAAAGCAGCCCGUCCACACGCAGCUGGGAAGCUUACAGACCUCUUAAAAAAUGUAAACGAUGGCUCCACUAUCCUAAAUGCUCCACCAACCUUCAAGGCAUGGCACAACUUGCUACUUUUUGGCAAUGUCUUCCUAGCUGUGCCAGAAAGAAGGGGAAAGAGGCUAGCCUCAGUGAUCAUUAAAUCCUUAAGAGACGUUCCUAGAGCUGAUAACCUCAUUUGCCUUCCCCAUCAAUACAAAAACAGGAGAAGCAGAACCCCCACUGACUCCACUGACAGCAAAACAGAGUCUAGAUUAGCAAGAAGAUUGAAGAGGGCGCAUUGGGUGCAAUCAGAAUUAUCACCAGUGAAGAUACAGUUGCCUCAGGUAUGCUGACACUGCUGAAGCACUUAGAGGAAAGCACCCUGCCAGGAAAACCAGGGGCACAAACAGUUCCAACACCUCUGUCCCCACUGUGGAACCAUUGAUUGUGGAAGACUUGGACAUUUACAAAGCAAUAAUGUCGUUCCCAUCUGGCUCUGCUGGGGGUUACACUGGAAUAAGGCCACAACAUUUAAGGAAAUGGUUAAUCCAAUUAUUGGGGAGAUUGCAGAGACACUGCUUUCAGAGAUCACAAGGUUCAUUAACAAUUCCUUAGCUGGUUUGAUUCCUGAUGAAAUUAAACCUUUCUUUUUUGGUGCAUCACUUUGUGCCCUUAAAAAGAAGAAUGGAGGAAUUAGGCCAAUAGCAGUGGGCAGCACUUUUCGCCGCCUCGUUUCCAAAGCUGGUGUCCAAAGUAUUCGCAUAGAGGCCGCCAUGAUGCUUUAAACAAACCAGCUUGGCUUUGGGUCUCUCAGGGAAGUGAAGCAGCGGUUCACGCAACAAGGGCUUAUAUCAACACCCUGCCUGAGGACGAUGCAGUGGUAAAAUUAGAUUUCAAGAAUGCAUUUAAUCUCCUGAAAAGAGACGUGGUAUUAGCAACUGUACAAGAACAUUUCUCUGGUCUCUUCCCUUUUGUUUCAGCUGGAUAUAGCAAGGAAUCAAUGCUUCUUUUUGGAGAGGAUGAAAUCACAUCAUCAGAGGGUGUCCGGCAAGGGGACCCUCUUGUACCAUUUCUCAUCUGUAUAGUGGUUAGGGAAAUCACAGUUAGACUGACCAGUGAGCUUAACAUCUGGUUCCUGGAUGAUGGCACACUAUAUGCUCCUUACACAGGUGGUGACACAGGGACAGGAAAUGGGUCUCAAUCUUGAAUCCAUCCAAAUGUGAAAUCAUCUCAGUCAAUCAACAAGUGAUAGGUGCAGUGAGAUCAAAACUUCCAGGAGCAACAGUCAGUGCCCCCACAAAUAACGUCUUGCAUAGAGUACCUCUGGGAAGCAAUGCCAUUGAUACAAUUCUCAGGAAGCAACUGGAAGAGUUGAGGAGAAUGGAACAAAGAAUAAGCAAUCAUGACACCCACGAUGCCUUGUACCUUCUCACAAAGUGCUUGAGUCUGCACAGGUUGACAUAUUUCCUAAGAUGUGCACCUUUAUGUGAUAACCCUAUACUGCACGACAAUGACAGUAUCCUGAGGCAGAUUUUCACGAAAGCACUUAACCUUACUCUAGAAGAUGAGCAGUGGGACCAACCUACAAUUCCAGUUAGACUAGGAGGCAUUGGUGUCCACAAGUCAUUACAGAUGGCGCUACCUGCUUUUCUGUCCUCAUGUAUUGCAUCCAGAGAGCUUGUAGCAGCGAUUCUCCCUGAACAUCUUAGGAACAAGAUUGGAGUCCAGGACAAAUUCAUUGAUGGAGCCAUGAUCUGGGAUAAUCUAACGGGCUCUGAAACCAGACCUGCUCUUCCCAACAACUACAAACAGUCGCACUGGGACGGCCAACAGUGGAGAAUAUAGCCUCAACAAUGCUUCAGUCCUCUGCAUGAGGAGCUCUCACUGCCAGGAGGCAGUGAGAGCUUCUCAUGCAGGGGACUUUCUGUUGACUGUUCCCAACUCCAGCCUUGGCAAAUGCCUCGACCCACACACCAUCUACAUUGGUGUUGCCCUUCGUCUUGCCACCCCUAUUCUCGCAGAACACAGGUGUAUUUGUGGCAGACCGAUUUGGGUACCAUGGUCUUGUGCACCAUAAAUCUGAGGGAAAAAUUGCAAGGCAUGAGGAGGUUAAUAACAUUAUCAAGAGGAGCUUCACAACAGCCGGAUGCCCAGUAGUAAGGGAGCCACCCCAAUUAUGCAAGCCUGGACAGAUGGCAAGCAGGUGGUGUAGGACUACACAUGUGCAUCUACUUUGGCUGAUACCUAUCGCCAAUACACCAGGGAGGAAGAAAGGGCAGCUUCCAGCUUCAGCUAGUCCCAAAAGUCUAGAAAAUACAGAGAACUUGCCCAUCAUUAUAUGUUUGUUCCCAUAGGCUUGGAGACCCUUGGCUCAUGGGGAAAGAGUGCAUCUAAGUUCCUUAAGGAGCUAGGCAAAAGACUCACCAGGGUUACUAGGGAUCUCAGGGCAGCUAGUUUUCUGUUCCAGCCACUCAACGCUGCUAUUCAGAGGGGUAAUGCCUGCUCUGAGGAGCUGGUUGAGAUUUUUGCAUUAUAAUCAGUGACAAACGCAUAGCAAUAUGUACUAGACAUGUAUCUCUCACACCUCAUGUACUGUAUAUGCCAUCUUUAUAUCAACAACGUAUCACUUAAAUCUUUUGUAUCAUAUUAUGUAAUAAAAUAUACCUAUUGGUAAAAAAGAAUGAAAAGAUGGGGUGGUAGGAGAAGUGGAAUAUUCAAAUGACUUCAGGAAGAAAUCCAAAUAUUCUUCCUUGAAGCUUUUUUAUCCACUUCUCCGAGGCUAUGAUGGGUCCCACAAUUUACACCUGAGGUGGAUCUCAUCCUAUUAACGAUCAUAUUGUAUUUGCAUUCAUAUUUUGUUCACAUUCAUAUUGCAUUAACACAGUUAUCAUCAACAUGAAACCAAAGACUUUUCGCACAUUAAUCUAAUAUUUAAGGUUACAAUUAAGUCCAAGCAAUCUGUACUUGAAACUCAAAAAACAUUUCAACAUUUUUUUUUUCUUCUGACCCCGAUUCGAACAGUAUCCAGUAGUAAGAUAUAAAAAAAAUGUUGAUUUUAUUUCGAGCCAGAUGGGGGCAGACAGUUCCCAAAACAAUCACCAGUCUUUUAUUUUACUGGGUAAAUCUUUAAAUAGUUGGUAGCGCAAUGUAUUUAAAUCUCCACUGGGUCGACCACGAAAUAGGCAAACAAGUUCCUGCUCACCAUGUAUUUCUUCCGUAGUGGAUUCACUGCUACAGAAGAUUUCUACCUUCUCCUUGAAGUUAGAGUGGUCCUUCAGUGUCUUCAAAAGGACUCCGUUUCCAAUGACAAAGAUAAGUCACGUGGUAUCACAACCCAAUAUCACUUGCACAAAUAUAAGAAUGUGACAGGUAUCUACACCCGUAGACUUUAUUGUCCAUUGAAUAUACCAUAUAUUUUUUGCUUCUUACUUGCGACCAGACUGAAAAAAAUAGUGGGUAAGAAGAAAACCAAAAACGCUGAUGUGGUAUACUCGGAUUUGAGACAAGUUGCCACACUUACACUCAUUUACAAUUUUUAAUAUUAUUCACUGAUGUGUUUAAAACAUUUUUGUGAAAACAGGAAUGCUGUUGCAUUUUUUAAUUUUGAGCCAUUUUAGGGCCUAUAUUGACUGGACUAUUCACAGGGAAGCCCUAUAUCCGUCCGGGCAUGGAUGAACGAUGACCUAUACUGAUAGGCAGUGAGAAAGACACUUUUAACGAGACUUUCAGGAGGAAGGUGUAGUCCACGACAGAACUUUAUCAAGUAGCCGUCACAAACAUCAGUCACGGACGACACCUUGUAAAAAGUUGAUUCGAGGAAGGGAAGUGUAGUUACAGUUUUUACGUACAACAGCCCUUCAUCAUUUUCAGAGCAUUGCCCCGUCCCCCUAACGAAAUGUUAAUUAUCAUUAUUUUUAAAUCACUGGAAAGGGCUAAAUCUGUGAAAGCCACAAAUCACUUGAGGAAUUAGAGAGAAUAAAGUCUGAUAUGAGGAAAGGGAAGAUUGUCUAUAUUACUUUUAUUUCUUGAAGAGUGCUUUUAUGAGGUACGUAUUGCUAAUGUAACAACAGACAAUAAGUUAUACUCACGCUGAUGAAGUUAUGAUUACCAGUGUUUCUUGUCUGGAAACAGUAAUGUUAGGCUAUAACUUAUCCCUUGUCUGUUUAUAAUGAUGAAGGUAACACAUGAAAACAAGUCAACAACUAACUUGGAAGUUAGUGAGAGAUCGAGAGAUCUGACUGGGUACGUCUUAAUCAUAUCAAGAGUCUUCCAUUUAACAAUGCCUAAAUUAAUUU